AUCGCAACAUGGCGCCAGGAAGUGGAGCAAAAGGCGCAGAAAAGAGAGGCCGAAAGAAAAAGAGCAAGAGCCGAACGAAGGUCGAAGUCUCGUCGUCCUCAGAAAGCGACAGCGACACGCCCCAACAGAACAUAAAGAAGGCGAAAAAGUCUACCCAAGCGGUAACGAUCCCACAAAUUCAAAGCUGUGCGACUUAGGCUCACUUCUCUAGCCUGCACCUGCUCCUCAAAAUGGCGACAUUUCCAUGACAGACGCGCAUGACGCACCAUCGUCACAUUCACCUGCGUCGGCGUCAACGUCACCAGCACCACCCUCAGCACCAACUACAUUACCAGCAAAAUCGAAGGUUCUGCCAAAGGACCCAGAAGAAUUUUCCGCGAUUUACCUGAAGAAGAUCACGUCUGAGCUUGCAGAUGACCUCGUCAAAGUUCGCGACGCGCAGGACUUCAAGGACAGCAGUUUGAAGAUGCUAAUCCAUGCGUUGAAGCAGGGUUCGAGCAUCUAUUCGGCCGAGGAGAAGCGGAGGGUUGUUAACGCGACUAGCUAGCGCAGGAAAGCAUGCAUGGGUGGCGUUCAGGAUUGGGAUUUGAAUCUUGUAGAUGCGAGUUCACGCUAUCGAUAUUCCCCAAAUAUACGGAUCUGAGAAGCCGCUCAAAGCUUCUUGCCUUCCUCCUCUGCUG